AUGCCUUCUCAACAGCACAUGCUAUCAGACGACGCACAAGAAGUAAUAGACGAAGUUAUUGCGUGCGCUCGGUACGGCGAAUAUGAAGAACUUUUAGAAUGCAUGAGGUCUCAGUCUACAAAUUGUCUAGUAACAAAAAGUUCUUUUGGAAAUACUGCGUUGCAUAUGGCAUGUGCUAAUGGACAUUUAGCAGGACGUUCAGCAAUUUAUGAAGCACAGCAAAACAAUCAUGAAAAAAUUGUAGAGUAUUUAUUGAAUGUGGUGGACCCGAUCAAACCAGAAACAGUCGAUGAAAAUAUUGAAGCGGAGGAAAAACAUAUCAUUAAUGAUAACAAUGAUGACACAAUCCAGGCUGGUUGA